UGCCAUGGCAGCGGGGGCCUUCCUUGGCGCGGCGCGCCUCGUUGCUACGGUAACGGCGGGUUUCCAAUCAGGCGCCGGGCGGGGCAGCCCCGUUGCUAUGGCAGCGGGGGCCUUCCAUGAGGCCGGCGCGCAAUAUGGCGGCGCCCAUGGCGAGCGCGGGAACGGGGCCGCGGGGGGCCGGAGCCGGUACCGGGCAGCGGAGCUGGGACCGCCCGGGAAUGGCGGAGAGAGCGGGACGGGCCAGGGCUGCCAGGGCCCGGAGCGGCUCGCCAGAUCCCAUCGGGGACGUGCUCGGGGAGCUCCUGGGAUCCGAUGAGGAGGCUCCGGCUCCGCCCUCCCGAGGUUCCCACGCCCCCUUCCUGCAGGAUCCCGUUGAUCCCACGGAUUUCCAGGAUCCCGUUGAUCCCACGGGUUUCCAGGAUCCCGUUGAUCCCACGGAUCGCCGUGACCCCGUGGGACACCCGGAUCACCCGGAUCAGCUGGAUGACCUGGACGAGCUGGAUGCAGAAAUCCUGGGAAUGGCCAGAGCCGGGUCCAGGCUGGGGAAGCGCGGCGGGAAGGGGCCGGGUCCCCAGAAAGCCGCGCCCCCCCGCCCCGAUGUCACCUUUGGGGACGACGUCGAUGACCUGAUGGACUCGCUGGGACUCGGCAGCGCCGCCGGAGCCGGGAGCGCGCCGGGAACGCCGGGGCGCCAGGGCCUCCGGAGGGGCCGCGCCGGGAUCCGGGAGCAGCCGGGAAAGGCGGAAUUCCAGCCGGAGCCCAGGGGGCAGGAGCAGCCGGGGCCGGGCGGGGCCCAGGUGGAGCCGGGAUUUCCCUUCGGAUCCUACGAGCCCUCGGUGGCCUCGGGCACCGGGCGGAGACGGAGGUGUCCUGCUGGGAGCAGCUCCCGCCGUCCCUCCAGGGCGGCCUGGCUGGGGCUGAAGGACGAGGAUUUCCUGGGAUUGGAGGAUGAGGAUUUUCCAGGAUUGGGACAGAAGGACAAGGAUCCUACAGGACUGGGAUCAAAGGACAAGGAUUUCCUGGAGUUGGGAUCAAAGGACAAGGAUUUCCUGGAGUUGGGAUCAAAGGACAAGGAUUUCCUGGGAUUGGGAUCGAAGGAAAAGGAUCCCCUGGGACUGAGACCAAAGGACAAGGAUUUCCCAGGAUUGAAACCAAAGGACAAGGAUUUCCUGGGGUUAGGAUCGAAGGACAAGGAUUUCCCGGGACUGGGACAGAAGGACAAGGAUUUCCUGGGAUUGGGAUCGAAGCAAAAGGAUCCCCCGGGAUUGGGACAGAAGGCCGAGGGUGCCCCGGGAUCAGGACAGGACAAGGAUUUCCCGGGACUGGGACAGAAGGACAAGGAUUUCCCUGGAUUGGGAUCAAAGGACGAGGAGCCCCCGGGAUCCCCGGUGCAGCACCGGCGCUGCCCUGGCGCUGCCCUGGCCCCGGAGCGAUCCCGGGCGGAGCCUCCGGAGCCCCCCGAGCCCAGCAGGCUGGAGCCGCCCCUCGGGACACGCCCCCGCGGGCAGGUGGCAGCAGCUGUGCAGGAGGUGCCGGGUCCUGCCACGCCCGCUCAGGAGGAUCUGGCAAUUCCUUCAGCCCCGUCCCGCCCGGAGAAUCCCAGAACUCUCCCGUCCUGGCUCUGCCCGGAGCAUCCCGCAGCUUUCCCGGCCUGGAGGCACCACGAGGGUCCUGGAGCUCUCCCAUCCCAGCCCCACCAGGAGGAUCUGGGAGCUCUCCCAUCCCAGCCCCACCAGGAGGAUCUGGGAUCUCUCCCAUCCCAGCCCCACCAGGAGGAUCUGGGAGCUCUCCCUUCCCGGCCCCACCAGGAGGAUCUGGGAGCUCUCCCAUCCCGGCCCCACCAGGAUUCCCAAACUCUCCAAUCCCACCCGUGCCAGCAGCAUCCCGGCUGUGGGAUCGCCCUGCAGAGCCUCCAGGCCCGGCUGGAGGAGCUGGAGAGCCAGGUGCGGACGCUGGAGCUGGAGCGGGCACAGCGGGCACCGGUCCUGCAGGAGCUCCCGGAGAGCUGCCACAGAUCCCAGGAUCACCCCAGACCCCAGGAUCACCCCAGACCCCAGGAUCAUUCCAGACCCCAGGUUCACUCCAGAUCCCUGGAUCCCACCAGACCCCAGGAUCACCCCGGAUCCCAGGAUCACCCCAGGCCCCAGGAUCACCCCAGGCCCCAGGACCACUCCAGAUCCCAGGAGCAGGACGAGCAGCUCACAGCGCUCCAGGCCCGGCUGUGCCGGCAACAGCGGGACGCGGAGCGGGAGCAGAGCCGGCUCCAGGAGGCCGUGGCUGACUUGGAGACCAGGCUGGCGGAGCGGGAGCAGCUCCUGGAGCAGGAGCGCCGCCGCGCCGCUGCCGAGCGCAGCCGGGCGGAUUCGCUGCGGGAGGCGCUGGAGGAGCAGCGGCGGCUCUCGGCUCAGCUGCUGGCCAUGGAGAGGGCGGCGCUGGACGAGGCCAAGGGCGCGUGGCUGGAGGAGCAGCAGGCGGAGCUGCGCGGGCGCUCCGAGGAGCGGCGGCGGCUGGCGGCCGCCUGGGCCGAGCUCCGCUCGCGGGAGAGCCUGAGCCGCGAGCGGGAGGAGCAGCACAAGGAGCGCGCCCUGGGCGUGGACGCGGCGCUGAGGAGCCUGGCCAAGGAUCAGGCAGAGCUGAAGUUCCGGAGCCGGGAGCUGAGAUCCAAGGAGGAGCAGCUGGCCAGGGACAGGGAGGAGCUGGACGAGGCCUGGCGGGAGCUGAGGCUGGAGAAGGAGAAGGUUCUGAGGGCCGAGCAGCGCCUGCAGGAGCGGGAGGAGGAGAUCCGUGACCUGGCUGAGCGCUCGGCGCGGCAGCAGCAGGACGGGCAGCGGGCGCUGCGGGAGGCGCGCAGGGCGCAGCAGGAGCUGCAGCAGCGGCUGCAGGAGCUGCAGGAGCUGCAGGAGCGGCUGCGGCAGCAGGAGCAGCGCCUGACGCAGGCAAGUCCCCCUGCCAGGAAAUCCCCCUCCCAGGAAUUCCCCCCUCCCAGGAAAUCCCCCUCCCAGGAAAUCCCCCUGCCAGGAAAUCCCCCUCCCAACAGCGACCACGAUUUCCUGGAGAGCGAGCGGCUCUUCCUGGAGAGCCUGAAAAAGGGGCCCUGA